AGUGCGCGUGGUGUCGGAUAGUUUCCAGGAAGCGAAGCCGAGCCGCGUCUCUGCUUACGCCGCAGAAAGCAGGAGUAUCGCGGGCAGAGCAAACAUGCGUGGACUGCGGUCGGCGAUCCUUCUGAUACAGCCACUAGUACUGCGGCUACUGCUUUCGACGUGGCUGCGAUUGGUGCCUGUGGUGAAGCAGACAGAUUGGAUAAUCGACGCGGCCAAUCCAUGCGAACUCAAGGGCUGUCCUGCUUCCAAGCCGGGCUACAUCAACGUUCACGUUCUCAGUCACAGCCACAUCGACGCUGGAUGGCUUCAGACAGUGGACGUCAUAUAUGAAACGUACGCGACGGCUAUCUACGACACCACAACGUUCGCCCUGCUCCAGAAACCGAGCCGGCGUUUCGUUUCCGCCGAGAACGUCUUUUUCGCACGGUGGUGGCGAAAAAAGCCAGCAGAAAUCAAGGACAGCGUGCGAAAGUUAGUCCUCUCAGGACGUCUACAGUUCGUGGGAGGCGGAUGGACGCAGAAUGACGAGGCGGUGACCCACUACACCGCCACAAUCGACCAGAUGACGCUGGGACUUCGAUUCCUAAAUUCCACAUUCGGACCGCAGUGCGGCGUGCCCAGUGUCGCGUGGCAGGCUGACCCGUUUGGACACUCAGUCACACAGGCUGCACUCUUCGCCAGGAUGGGCUUCAGCAGCGUCAUGUUAGGCCGGAUAUCGUCAGACACCAAGAACGACUGGCAGAGGAAUCGCAGCAUGGAGUUCGUCUGGGAAGCCGACAGCCGGAAACAGGGGGAGAGUGAGAAACUUGAGCUUGAAACAGCCGCCGUGCUUGACGCAGGUGGUGGCGAUGGACGCAUUCUGGCUUGGGUGCCCGAGAACACGUACACGACGCCGCAGGCGAUAUGCUUCGGAUGGAAUGACUGCCUGCAUCCCGAAGAAUCUUUUCGGAAUGAGCGUCUGACGCCGUCUGUUCUCAUCGAAUAUGCAAGAUAUCAGACCGAGGUCUACACCAACGACACGGUGGCCGUGAUGUCCGGCUGUGACCUGUGCUUCUCCGACGCCAACGACAGGUUCCUGAAGCAGGACGACGUCUUGGCAAUGGCCAACCGGAUAUCCGCCGCCCAGCGGAAGCGGCGACGCGUGCAUGUGAUGCACUCGACACCUGCCUGCUACGUGGAGGCCUUGCAUUCCGCAUCUCGGGAAUGGCCUCGAUUUGCCGGAGACUUGAUGCCUUACACAGACCGGCCUGGCCGUACCUGGACUGGCUUUUAUACGACCAGGCCCAAUUUGAAGAUGAUGGUGCGAUACGCCAACGGGUUUCUGCAGGCAAGUCCGUGA